GUGCGCGCGCAUGGCCUUCUUCCGGCAUGGAAAUCUCAAAAAGAUUUUUAUUCGUGUCAAAGAUGGAGUCCUAUCCUGACGUUAUAGAACAUGAAUCCAGUGCAAAAAGAAUAAAACUCGAUCUUGGCGAAUCUAAUAUUGGUGAAUUGUGCCAUGGAGAAGGAUUUUCUGGUUUUUCCACUACAAUUCCAGGCCCGAUGGACGUUUCAGAAGGCGUGUCCGUAGACUGUGACUCGGGCUACGAGGCGUCCACAAUGGAAUCCCUGCCGACGCCGUCACAUCACGCAUCGCCUCACACAGAUCCCGGUGACCGGCCGGAGGAAAGCCUAUCCAACCUCUCCGAAUCCAUCACACAAACUCCCACACACAUGGCUGAUCAGCUGGACACAUCUCAGGACAGCUUGGAGGUCGACGACGAUAACGCCUCCACAGUUAGCAACUUGAGCGAGCUGAGUGGCCUGUCCGACCUGUCCGGACAAGAAUGGAAACCCAUGGCUGGAAGCAUGAUUUGGAUUCAAAAACAGAUGCAAAACGGCGUGAACCCUCGAACAGUGCUUUCGGACUUGGGCGUAGAGUUAGACCAAAUUCCACAGUAUGUAGACGAGGUAACACUGUGGAAAUUGAUAAUAAACAUGCUGGCAGAACCGCCGCGAAGAAACAAAUUAAGACAUGUAAAUUCCUUGGACGACGUGGUGCGAUUACUGAGAGGGUCAAAGAAAGUCAUAGUUUUGACGGGAGCCGGUGUUUCGGUCUCUUGCGGCAUUCCAGACUUCAGAUCCAGAGACGGAAUUUAUUCCAGACUGGCCAUCGAUUUUCCCAACCUUCCCGACCCGCAAGCCAUGUUCGACAUCAGUUUUUUCAGUCAAGACCCACGACCAUUUUUCAAAUUUGCUCGGGACAUUUAUCCCGGAAAGUUUCAGCCUAGUCCGUGUCACAAAUUCAUAAAACUGCUGGAGAAACAUAAAAAGUUGCUGAGGAAUUACACACAGAAUAUUGAUACUUUGGAAAAAGAAGCAAAUAUUGAGAGAGUAAUUGAAUGUCACGGAUCGUUUGCCACAGCCACAUGCACCAAAUGCGGCCACAAAGUGACGGCCGAGGCAAUCAGAGAAACAGUGUUGGCGCAAAAGAUUCCUUUGUGCGAAGUUUGUCACGCGGGCGAAGAAUCGUCGAUAUCAACAGACGAGCUUGGCGAAGAGCGCGACUACCACGCGCUCGUUGCGUCCGGCGUCAUGAAGCCGGACAUCGUCUUUUUCGGCGAGGGUUUGCCGGACACGUUUCACGAGGCGAUGUCCGAGGACAAGACGCAAUGCGAUCUGCUGGUCGUGAUCGGCUCGUCGCUAAAGGUGCGACCGGUGGCGCUGAUUCCCAGCUCGUUGCCCCCGAACGUGCCCCAAAUUCUGAUUAACCGCGAACCGUUGCCUCACUGCCGCUUCGACGUCGAGUUGCUUGGAGACUGCGACGUCAUCAUCAAUCAUCUUUGUAGGCUACUUGGUAACAAAUGGGAGGAAGGAAUUUACUCUCAGGAGGUGCUGAAGCAGUCUUCAUUAUUGCCGAUAUACCCCGAAGUGUCAAAACCCGAAAAGCGCGCCUUUUCAAAAGAAACCGAGCCAAAUUGUACAGUAGAUAAUAAGUUAUUAGAGUCCGAGUGUGACGAAUGUUCGUGUAAAUGCAAUAUUAGUACAAACGCUAGUUCCUUAACAGUAGAAAAAGAUUUAGAAAUUAACUGUAGAUGCAAUACAAACUCAACGUCAAUUAACGAGGAGCUGGGCGAAGCGAAGUCACCGAAAGAGCGACACAUGUCGAUCGAUUCGGCUCGAGAUUCGGGCAUCGGUGACAACUCGAACUUUACCGACCUCGAGACCAAGUACGACGAUACGUCGGACGAAAACACGGACAAUAAGGACGAGGAGGAUUUCAAAAUGUUCCCGUCCUCGUCGUCGUUUGCGACCGCGAAGACGGACCUGGAUAACGCCGCAGAUCUAAGGGGGUUGUGGCAGCCCAAGGUGAAGAAAAGUCUGGCCGACAGGCUGCCACCGCACUCUUUCCACCUGGUGCCACCCAGCAGGUACAUUUUUCCGGGCGCGGAACUAUUUUACGACCCCGAUGACGCUUCCUCGCAGGAUGCAGAUUCGAAUUCUGCCUCGGACAGCGAUUCGGACGCUGAAGGGCCCAUUCCUGCUUUCUAGUAGGUCAGUUUAGCACGUUCAUUUUAAAAUAGUCCAGUAAAGGUAUCCCUAUAUAUAGGAAUUACUUUACUAGAGUUAUAUUGCAAUUCAUUGGGUAAGAAAACAUUUUUUAGCGAUCGUUUAACUUAAAUCUGUGUGAAUUUAUCAUCAAAAACAGCCAAUACCAUUUUUGACAA